UCUCAGCCCGCUCAUUCACUUCCGGUGCUGCGCUGAAAGCCGUGUUUACAGCCGUGUUUCUGUGGAGAUAAUGGCGAACUACACCCGCUGUUUACAAGAACUGCCUAAGGUUAACGUGAAUGAUGUUAACACCAUUGUGAGGCAGUUUGCUGUUACACCUAAGAGCAAGAAAGAGAAGGGAUUUAAAUUAUAUAUUUCAAGCUACAUUGACAACGUUGAGGAUUGUAUUAAAAGACUCUCGUCCUGUAACACUGUCACAGAGUAGUUGUUCUUGUGUUGCUGGGACAGCAAUGUGCAACCACAUUGUUGCACUACUCUACCAAACAGCCCACUACUCACAGCUUGGCAUCAGUGCAGUUCCUCCAGUUCACAGCUGUACUGAAACGGAGCAGAGCUGGCAUAAACCUAGAACAAUGGGAGUCAAGCCAGGUCCUGUCAAUAAAAUGGUGGUUUUGUCUGCAAGACCCAAAGAGAGGAAGCUUGCUGAGGGUUUAAGGAGUACCCUUUACAAGGGUGUCACCAGUGAGCUGCCUGACCUCUCAGUCCUCCAAGUAGCAGAGGCAUAUAAGGACUACGCCAGUACUGUAGCUCCUCCAGUCACCACUAUCAGGAUGUCACAUGAGGAUUCUUUGGUGGAUUCUGCCUUUGGUAAAGUUCAGUAUGGAAGUGUGCUGUCAUACCAGCAGCCAGCUGCAACAACAUGCAACAUUACUCACCAUCAAGAUGCCCCACCACCGCCACCUCUGCCACUAGUUGGUUACAGCCUUGACACAUCUGUUUGCUUGUUUGUCCAUAGCAAACAUGGACAACCACACAUGACGUCACUGGCAGUAACCUUAGAUAUGGCUCACAAAAUAGAGCAUGCCACCAAAGAACAGAGUGCAUCACAUGCUUGGCACUCGGUCCGAAAACCCGGGUAA